UCCUGGUUUCAGGCUCCAGCGGUUGGAGGAACUGCGUGGCUGAAAAAAGAAACUGACACGUGGAUCAUUAUCAACACUUGGGGCAUCAGGAAAGGGCUGAUUUUCCUCUCGCUGCGUUAUAGCAGACGUGAAACAGACAGUCCGUUUGUUUUAUGUCAGCCGCGGGAGCUCAACGGAUGCUGCGUAGACUUCUUAUGGACAUGAUUCUGCAUAAAAACGUGUUUUGUUCAUUUCCUUGCUGUUUUGCCAGUCACGCUCGCACGGACUGACCCGAGAUCGUAUACGAGGAGGUAGUUACAAACUAACAUAUUUGUCGUUGAAUGGCAAUUCUACAAAAACAUGGAAAGAACUCUAGUCCAGAUUUGGCCAGCGUUAAAGAAAGCCCCGCAGAUAAUUUCGCACAGGCUGGAUCACAAAAGAAGUGGGCUGAGUCGAGUCAUAACUGGACAAGGCCAGUAGCAAGAAUAUGGACCGUGGUUCUGUUGCUGGGGACGUGCCUGCUGUACUGCGCCCGUGUGGCGAUGCCUAUCUGUGCAGUGAGCAUGGCAGAGCGCUUCAGCUGGUCCAAGAGAGAGACCGGCAUGGUGCUGGGCAGCUUCUUCUGGGGCUACUGCUUCACUCAGGUCCUUGGAGGCUACGUCAGUGACAGGGUGGGAGGAGAAAAAGUGUUGCUGUUGUCUGCAGCAGCGUGGGGAGCAAUGACCGCGUUCACACCCAUCCUGGCCCAUUUCUGCUCCCAGCCUAUCGUCUCCAUGACGAUUUCUCGCUUCCUUAUGGGUCUACUGCAGGGCGUGCAUUACCCGUCUCUGGCCAGCCUGUGUUCUCAGAAGGUGGUUGAGAGUGAGAGGGGCUUUCUCAUGAGCACCGUAGGAAGCGGCUCGUACCUGGGGACUCUGGUGAUAGGAGGCAUUGGCUCUCUCAUGCUGGAUCUGUAUGGCUGGGAGAGUGUGUUCUACGUCUCCGGGCUUCUUUCUGUGUUGUGGGCCUACUUUAUGUGGAAGUAUCUCCUCAAAGGAGAAGGUCCUAUCAUCACACUGGAGUCUCUGGGCAGCGCCGGGACACAGUCCAAACUGUCCAAGAGAAACUGGCUGCGACUUUUCAGACAACCAGCUGUGUGUGCCGUGAUUAUUACUCACUUGUGCACUGCUAGCACCUUCUUCACACUGCUGUCAUGGCUGCCAACAUUUUUCAAGGACACCUUUCCUGACGCCAAGGGUUGGGUGUUUAACGUAGUCCCAUGGUUUGUGGCCAUCCCUUCUUCCCUGUUUAGCGGCUGCCUCGCAGACCAUCUAAUCAGUCAGGGUUUUGAUACAGCAUCAGUGAGAAAACUGAUGCAGUUUUUCUCUAUGGGUGUGUCUGGUGUGUUUACACUGUUUCUAUGUGGGACCACUACAUUCCCUGCAGCUGUGGCGUUUGUGUCAGUUACUAUGGGCCUCACCACAUUCAGCCACAGUGGCGUUUCAGUGAAUGUUCAAGAUCUUGCUCCAUCCUGUGCUGGGGCUCUGUUUGGAGUAAUGAAUACAUGUGGGGCAUUUACAGGGGUCAUCAUGGUAUAUUUCUCGGGGUAUCUGAUCGAGGCCACCGGUUCCUGGGCAUCAGUUUUUGGCCUCAUCACUGUUGUUAACCUCCUGGGUUUAGGAAUGUUUUUAACCUUUGCGGAAGCUCGCAGAGUGGACAUAGAUAUAGCAAAGGGCCGUCACCACAACAUUCACAUCUGACAGCCAAGAGGACAGAGGAAAAGCUUCAGACACCACAAAGUACCAUUUUAUGGAUCUACUAGAGAGGAAAAAUAGAAAGGCCGUAAUAGUGACCAAUUUACAGAGUGACAACUCAAACGUUACUGAUUGAUUCAGAAGAUAUGCCUUUGUUGUUCUUCGCUCGGUUUGUUAAGAGAGGGCAAUAUUUAGAGUUCAGAAGUUUCACUGGGGCCACAGUAUGAAGAAUAGUGUUAAAUAUAAAUAUCUGUUAUGCUACUUUCCUUUGUGGAUUUUGCCCUUUGUAGCACAAGUGCUUGGUAAUGGUAGCAGUUGUUUUGUCAUCACUGUGACCGAAGCAGUUAGCCAUGUAUCCAUUUCUUUUGCUUAAAGGCGGGGUGUCCGAUUUCUGUCUACUUUCUGUUAACGGGUACUGAUUUUUUAUGACCAUGCAUGGCAUUUUUACCUCAAUCAUGGAUUUUUAGCGGUGCCAUACAUCUCUGUUAUUCCUUCUUUGGUCAGUGAUUUCCUUUCACAGGGAUCGUGUGAAGGUUUUGUGUUUCUGCUUUCCAUUUGUUACAGCAGAGAGAGUCUGUCCCAGCCUUAAAGAACGUUACUGAUAUUAGAAGUCUAGAGAGACGAACAUCUGAAAGUUGGAGAUGUUAACUAAAUGUGAACAUGUUCUGUUUGUAAGAGCACUCUGCUGUUGGGAUCCAGUUUUGAUGGGUUGUUGUCCAUCUUUUAUUUAAUUGUUAGGGACCUUUCCUCAGAGCAUCAGUUGUGUGGACCAAGAAGUUGACAAGGAAAGUACAAUGAAUGUAUUAUGGUUCUAAGCUUUAUUAUGUAGAGACAGUUACUGACCGUUAUAUUUCAUGCGAUUGAUUUGACUCCAAACUAUACAUUAUAUAUGAUGCACCUGUAGGCUAAAUAUUAUAUAUCAUAACCAUAAAUUAAAGCUGUUGUUGAGCUGUAGUAAACUGAAACAGCGACAACGUUAUUUAUGCAAAGGACUUCUUGCUGUAAGACUGUAGGAUUUAUAUCAAAUAUUUGCUUUUAAGUCUUCAGAGAAUGACUGGAAUCUAAUCUCUGCCCAAUGUGUUUCAAAUGUAAAAUGUAUGAGAAGUUAUUUUAUAUCGAAUUUUAUUUUAAUUUAAACUAUACUAAGUGGGGUAGGUCACCCAUUUUAAAAUAGACGGCACAGUACAAUCAGCCAGAUCCUUAAUACGUUGAGUAAAUGAAAAUGUUACUUGCAUUACAGAUUUGAAGGAAAAGCAAGGCCUGGCGAUGUUUUUCUUCAGACUUAACUAUGCUUCAUCUCACAGUGUGCAUUAAAACAUGAAUCCUGUGUUACUGCAGGUCUGUUGCGAGGAAAGAUCAUGGUGGAUUUUGCAAAGAAACAGGCCAAACUUGAAUGAUUAAUAUUACACGGUUUUUCACAAAGGGACUCAAUUUUCUCCAGUAGCCUACAUAAAAUGUUCACAAAGGCACUUUGUGACUAAACACGUAUCUGGUUUUAAACUAUGUAAAAUAUAAUAACAUACAGGUAAAUGAGAUUUCAUAUUUAUUUAUUGAUUUAUAUUUGAUUUAGUUACGUUGGAAAUGCUUAUAUGAUUGUUGCUUUUUUAAAUUGAUGUUUAAGCAGUUUUUCUUUAAUGUAUUUGUUUAUCGUCUAUCACUCUGUUGCUAUUAUGCGGGUAAGGUCAUCACACCCAUCAUCACAGAUAACAAUAACUUGUAUUAGUAUAGCAUUCAAAGCAUUUUAAAUAUUACGCUGGCAUCAAUCAUUGCACAUCCUGCAACAAAAGACUAGGAAAUAGAUGACAGUCUAAAAGUUAAUGUCACGUCAUACCAUUAUGUGAAGGUUUUACACGAAACUGAAACAAUCUGUAUUGUAAUCUUGUUUUAGGGACAAAUGAAGUGUAAAACAAUGAAAUGAAAAUGCAGUAUUUCUCAUGUAUUUUUAAGCAUAUUUUUCUGAAAUAUAAAUAUAUAUUUUAUCAAGUGAAAUGUUUUCUACUUUUAUU